AUGUCUCGACCAUCCCCUAUACUGGACAUCAGAUUCGAUGCUUGGUCACCUGAAACAACAACAACCGAUACAUGGUCCUCUCAAAUGAAUUCACAAGAUCAAUUAACUAUCAGACGUCGGAGAAAGCUUAGUUCUCUGUUUAAGUAUGAAAUGGUUGUGGUGUUUCAACCGCAACGUCAACCACUAGUAUUACUAGUACCUCGACUUCUACCACAACAUCGUCAACAAGUACCACCACAACCACAAGCACUACGUCCACAACUACCACCGCAACAACAUCCACGAGUACAACAACCACAACGUCAACCACUAGUACUACUAGUACUUCGACUUCUACCACAACAUCGUCAACAAGUUCCACCACAAGCACAAGCACUACCUACCACCGCAACAACAACGACAAACAAUCUUCCGGCUCAGUGUUCAUCAUAUACGACAAUUACAGAUUCUACUCGAAAUAUUGCUUACAGUUCAAGUAGUACGUGUGAUACAUCUUUAUUUUCGAGUACACCAACAUGGGUUAAAUUCUCUGGUGGUGCUGGUUCAAGAAUCGUGACAAGUGCAUCAAGUGUGAGUGUUUGUGGAACAGAUGCACCAGGUUGGUAUAACGGUGCAAUGCCUCCGGUUGGUGUGAGCAAUACGGGUACGGUGUGUUAUAACUGGGCAGGUAAUAAUUGUAACUGGUCAAACAAUGUUCAAGUUACCAAUUGUAAUGGUUUCUAUGUUUAUGCGUUAAUUGCUCCUCCCACAUGUAAUCUUCGCUAUUGCACAACAUAG